AUGGUUGAUGACGAACAACAACUAGACGACAUGCUAAACAACCCACAAGGCGAUCUGUGGCGGGAUCCGGAGAUGGUGACAAAAUUAAAGUCAAGACUGCCAAAAUGCCACGCUUUAUAUUUCCAAACAGUAGACGACAUGGUAGAGACUCUUCAAAACCUUCACGAUAUUUUAGGACUCGGCAGAGUUGGUUUCCAGCAGCGAUUACUGGAAACAGAAGUGUUAGUCGCAAAAAGCGAAAGCACGGCUCCUACAACUGCACUAGCUGUCAUCAAAGGCAUAGUGGAAAAACUCAGUCGUAAUUUCGAUUCCCAGGCUCAAAGAAUUAGACUUGCUUCUGGCAAGACUGAGAGGAAAGAACUUUUUGAAGAAUUCGGUGCCCAUACAGCUCGCUUAGAGAAGCUUCUUCGCUCAUCAGACCGCCUAAAAACCUGGAAAGGAUAUCGUGAUAAGCAGUUAAUCGGCCUAGAUAUCGGCUUGUGGGACUCUUGGAAGCAGGCAUAUGCUUUAUCCAGACUUCUAGCAAAGGUAUGGCAAUGCAAAUGCCGAACGUAUCAUCAUGCCAAUUUGCUACUAGAGUACAGGAGAGUCCCGACGGCCAACUUCAAAAUCCUGUUCUUAUUCGGAAACCAGCUAGAACUCUAUCGGAACUCUUGGGUAUGGCAAGCUACAAGUUUUGGUUUACUUCCAAAGCGGGUAUAUACUUCGCAGGGAUCAAAUCCGGUUGUUUCAAUGUCCAACGAGCAGCGAACAAGCGAUCCCAUAUUAUGCAGACCGACAGAACUCCCAGAAGGCCCUUUGAAGAAGAAAGGCUGCAACAAAGGCGACGAAGAGUCUUUCUCCCAACCAAUAUUUGAAAGUCGCCCUAGGAAGCGCUUCACAUCGCUGUGGAAAUCCCGCAACACACCUGUUUUUGUUAAAAUUGGCCAUUUAGUGGAAGACAACGUUACUUUCACUGAGCAAUCAGAGAUCACACAAAUACCUAUCCAAACUGUUCCCGCUCAACUCAUCAAUUCUACUGACUCCAACAUCAUUACGAAUUUGUGCGCAAAGAUAUCCAAUUGCUCAGCUGAGCUCCUCCCCUAUGGUGUUCUAGAGGAAACGGACAUCAAGUGUACUAUCGAUCCGCUUUGUAUGCCAGAACAUGAGCCCCAAAUUGCAAUAUCCUUGGGUGACUUACUUGGACCCGCGGCCCAAAUUAUCCUCUCACAAAAACAAUGA